GUAAACAUGUAGGUUCUUUGUGUAUUUUGGCAGAUAAAUUGAAAGACUGUUGCAUACAAGACAAUAAAGUUACGUUACGUUGUGGGCAUAUGUUACCGGUCAUUGGUGGAGCUUGUCGUGUUUGUCAUAAUAUGCCAGUUUCAGAUGGGUAUGUAGGUAAUCAUCCUGUGGAGGUUCUGCGAGACAGUGGAUGCACAGGAGUUGUAGUAAAAACCAGCCUCGUACCUAAAGACCAACUGACAGGGCGGAAUGUGGAAAGUGUACUCAUCGACGGGACUGUCCGGAAAGUUCCCGAGGCGUAUAUCAACAUACAUACACCGUUCAUAUCAGGUAAGGUCAAAGCUCUAUGUAUGAACAACCCAGUCUAUGGUUUAAUCAUAGGUAACAUAAAAGGUGCAAGAGAUCCCUCUGACCCUGAUCCAAAAUGGGACACUGGAAGAAAUAAUGAAGUUGAGGAAAACGAUACACAUGACUUGGUGGAAGGCUCAGCUGUACAGACAAGAGGUCAAGUACAGAAGGAAAAGGUAAGGUACAAAACAUUGAAGGUACAUGUAACUAGUAUCACUGACAAUUUUACUUCAGUAGAUAUGAUAGUUGCACAAAAUGAGGACGCUUCACUGGAAAAGUAUCGGGAAUACGCAAAGACAGGUGUUAGGAAGUUCACAGGACAACAGAAUGUGUCUUGGUUUGUCAUUGUAGACGGUCUUUUGUUCCGAUAUUUUCAGUCUCCGAAGGUUAUCACUCAGUUGGAAAUGGUGAAAUGCGACCUAAUAAUGACGAACUUGAGACAAUCAAGAAAGCCCCUCGCCCUGAAACCAAGAAACAGGUACGUUCUUUCUUGGGACUGAUUGGUUAUUACCGCAGGUUUGUUCCCAACUUUGCGGCAGUUGCUUGUCCUUUGACAGAUUUGACAAAGAAAGGUACCCCAAAUAAAGUCGAGUGGUCUGAUGAACACGAGAGAUCUUUUAUGAAUCUAAAGUCAUUGCUUUUACACGCCCCAAUACUUAGACUCCCUGACUUUAACAAAGACUUCUUUCUCAGAACUGAUGCUUCCGACUACGGAAUAGGUGCUGUUUUGUUGCAGAAGCAUGAGAAAAUGUUCCCUGUCGCAUAUGCCAGUAGAAAGUUGAAUGAAAGAGAGAGGAAUUAUUCUGUGAUUGAGAAAGAGUGUUUAGCUAUUGUAUGGGCUGUGAGAAAAUUUCAGGCAUACUUGUACGGUAGAACAUUUGUUUUGCAGACAGAUCAUCAACCAUUGAUCUAUUUGAACAGAUCAAAAGUGUCAAAUGGUAGAUUGAUGCGUUGGACAAUCUUUUGCAAUCCUACAAUUUUGUUGUUCAUGCUAUCAAAGGUGUUGAUAACGUAGGCGCAGACUUUUUGAGUCGUCAUGUUUUGUAAAUAUUGUUGAUUUGAAUUUACUUUCAAAAUAUGGUUUCCAAUUUUGAAGCUGAAAAGGGGAGGUAUUGUCACAAUUGUUAUUCGUUUUCUUAAAACGGUUAUGGCGUACCAUAAUUUCAUUUCUUACCGUAUGGUUACGGAUAGCUGGUCACGGCUGUCAGACCGGUUUGAAAAACUGUCGACGUGUGAGUUCAGAGCAGGCCGUAGAAGUGAGAAGGUGUGUCCUUCCUAAGUGAAAAUGUUGAAUGACCUGUGUGGUCUCCAGACAAAAAGCUGUGUGCAUUUGGCCUGAAUGUUUGGUGUGUUUGAGAAGUUUUCCUGUGUGGAAAGUGUAGUAUUUUGAGUACAUUGGCAGCGGUGAGUUUGAAGUGUUUAUUUUCUUAGCUAGGUUAUUUUGUUUGUUUGUUUUUCUUUUCCUAAAGUUAUUACUUUGUUCAGUUUAAUUUGUGAUAGAUAAUAUACCCGACAUAUCCAUUUAUUCCUUAUUAAUGCGUUAUUACCGACCAUGGAAACCCAGACUUUGAAAUAAUAUGUU